AUGGACGAAGAUGAGCACAUGGUGUAUCGUGAAGAAGAUAGUCAAUAUUUUGAAGAAGGAGAUGAAAUGUAUGAUGAUUUUGAAGAAGGACGAGAAUAUAUCGAGGUUGAUGGACAAUUCGUUCUUCAUAAUCCGGUCGCUCCAAAUAUGAAAGAAAAUAAUGGAUCCCUAGGCGAAUCUUCUUCCUCACUAGGUGAAGUUAAUAACAUUCGACACCAUCCUUAUAAAGGAAAGGCAAUGAAUGUGACGACCAUUAUUCCAGAUGGAAAUGCAUUUCCUGACCCGAAGUUACUGAAUGCGCCAAAACCAAAGCCCAAAAAAAAAAAUAUUCAACCAGGGCAGCGGAAACCAUGUAAUUGCACAAAAUCACAGUGUUUAAAACUCUACUGUGACUGUUUCGCUAAUGGUGAAUUUUGUAAAGAUUGUAACUGCAAAGAUUGCCAUAAUAAUAUCAAUUUUGACAGCGCACGUACGAAGGCAAUUAGGCAAUCGCUCGAAAGAAAUCCAAAUGCGUUCAAACCGAAGAUUGGUGUUGCCCGUUCUGGAACAGCCGAUAUUGAAAGACUACACCAAAAGGGAUGCCACUGUAAAAAGAGCGGUUGUUUAAAAAACUAUUGCGAAUGCUAUGAGGCGAAAGUUCCUUGCACUGAUCGAUGCAAGUGCAAAGGAUGUCAGAAUACGGAAUCAGAUCGUCUCUCCAAGUUUAAAGAUCGAGGAGCUGGUGCCAAUGCGCUGAUGUCGAUGGCUGCAUCAUCUUCACGAAACUCGGAUUCUCGUCCAAGUAGUGUAGUAACCGAUGAUAUUGCCGACGAUUACGAAGAAGGAACGCCAAAGGAUUCUAAACGCAACGAGCAGGAUCCGAGAAAGUUCCCAUGGUUCUACAUGACCGACGAGGUUAUUGAAGCUGCUACGCUUUGUAUGGUGGCACAGGCAGAAGAAGCUUUAAAUUCAACUGUGGAUAAUCUGACCGACCAACAGAAAAUAGAACAAAUGGAACAGUUGGUUCUUCAUCAAUUAAGUGAAGAAGAUCGAAUUUUUCUUGGAUUAGCUUUUGAAUUAGCCGAAGAAGCGCUGCAAAAUGACGAAGUUCCUGUUGGAUGUGUUUUUGUUGUCGAUGGAAAAGAGAUUGGUCGUGGACGAAAUACAGUAAAUGAAGUAGGAGAUCCAACAAGGCAUGCCGAAAUGGUAGCUAUUCGACAGAUUGAACAUGAUUUUGGAGAAAAGUCCAAAGAAAUUUUGAAACGUGCUACUUUGUAUGUGUCAUUGGAGCCUUGUAUUAUGUGUUCUUCGGGAAUGUAUCAAUUAGGAAUCAAACGAAUGGUUUAUGGUGCUGAAAAUCCGAGAUUUGGCGGAGUUCGAAGUGUCGGAUGUGCCGAAAAGUAUAAAAUGAAGGACAAUAUUGAGAUUGUUCCUGGAAUAUGGUCUGAUAGAUCAAUCUCGAUGCUCAAAGCAUUCUACGAGAAACAAAAUCCAUUUGCUCCACCUGAAAAACGCAAAACUAAAAAACCAAAAAAGUUGAACAGUGGUAAUAAUAAAAGGGCAGAUGAGAAAAACUACACAUAUUAUGUGUUGAGUUUGAUUGUCGUAGCAAUCGGAUGCACAUUCGCAGCAAUUCCCGCAUACAGAAUUUUUUGUGAACAGACUUCAUUUGGAGGGCUAACACAAGUGGCGAAGGAUUUUGAAAAAAUAGCAAAAAUGAAGAAGGUUGAAGAUCGUUUGAUUCGUGUUCAAUUCAAUUCAGACGUCCCGUCGAGUAUGCAAUGGGAAUUCAAACCCCAACAACACGAGAUUUAUGUUCACCCAGGAGAAACCGCUCUCGCGUUUUAUACAGCGAAGAAUCCAACAGAUAAACCGAUUGUUGGGAUUUCGAGUUACAAUUUGACACCAUUUCAAGCAGCUUAUUAUUUUAACAAAAUUCAAUGCUUCUGUUUUGAAGAACAGAUUCUGAAUCCGGGCGAGCAAGUCGAUCUACCAGUGUUCUUCUUUAUUGAUCCUGAUUAUGUCAAUGAUCCAGCACUUGAAUAUUUGGAUUCAAUACUCCUUAGUUAUACAUUCUUCGAAGCCAAAUCAGGAUUGAAAUUACCUGAUCCGUUUGAUCCGAAAAAUCGUCCUUCGAACAUAAAGUCAGCAUAA